AUGGGGAUGGCACCGCUGCUCCUCCUGGCGACUCUCAUCUGCACUGCAGCUGCAGACACGGCUGAUGACACCAUCGAAGCGGUGUCCCCGGGACCUGCACUGGCAGACGCUGACGAUUUGGAGGAGAGGCUGACUGAGAUAAUGGAAGAUAUUGAAGAGCUUGAAGACAUAUCGGACCUACAUCUGCAUGGACUCCGCUCCAACGCACAACGAAGGCGAGGUAACACGGUGUACCACGUGUUCGCGCAGGCGCAGACGAACGCGCAGGCGCAGGAGACGUGCCGCUCCAUCAGAGGGAACCUGGCGGACAUCAAGACCAUGGACCUGCAGAAGUUCAUAGAGGGGCUGAUCCGCAGUGUGGACCCCAGCAAGGACUACUGGAUGGGACUCAACGACAAGAAGGUUGAGCGUGUGUGGACGUGGUCUGACGGGACGCCCAUCAGCGGGUGCGACUUCUCGUACUGGGCGCCGGGGGAGCCAAACGACGGGGGCGGGAACCAGGACUGCGGCCAGCUGUGGAGCAACGUGGGCUUCAAGUGGGACGACGAUUCGUGCGACCGUCGCAAGUACUUCAUCUGCCAAGUCGGUCCCGGAGAGGAGAACGCCUGUAUUGCUGAAGGUUCCUGCCUGGACCUGCAGCUGCCUGCGGGCGCGGUGACGGGCGUGGGUUACACCGCCCCGGGCUACGGACCGGCGAACGUGCUGGUCGCCGGGAGCGCCAUCUGGAACCCGCAGAAACUGCCCAGGAACUACAACAACUGGCGCAUCGACUUCGACAUGCAGAAAGCAUACACCUUCUCCGCAGUCAAGAUCCGCAACUACGGGGACACCACGCACGACGUCACGGCCUUCAAGCUGGAGACGUCCGACGACAAGUCCACCUGGACACAGGUGUUCUCCACCGGCAGCGUGCGCGCAGGUGUGAAGACGCCUCAGCCUUUCAUGGGGUUCUACGGGAGCGGCCGUUUUUGGCGCUUCACGGUCACCCGGACCGCGCAGGGAUGGCAACCAUGGCUCGUCGGAGUCCAGUUCUGCGGCAUCGAAGGGAAGCCGAAGUACGAGGCCGUGAGCGUGCCGACCGCCGGGAUCAGCGGGGUGGGAAACACGCCGACCAACGGGCCUGAGAACGCCGUGGACGGCAAACGGGGGACGUUCUGGAACCCGCAGGGUCUCCAAAGGAACUACAACAACUGGUGGAUCAUCUUCGACUUCCAGAAGGUCUUCACCCUGGCCGCGAUCCAGAUCACCAACUACGGGGACACCACGCACGACGUCACGGCCUUCAAGCUGGAGGCGUCUGACGACAAGGUGACUUGGAAGCCGGUGUACUCCACCACGGGCGUCAGGCCAGGGACGAACCAACCGCAGCUGUUCGGUGGCUUCUCCGGAACGGGCCGCUACUGGCGCUUCACGGCCACCAGGACCCCGCAAGGCUGGCAGCCGUGGCUGGUGGAGCUCCAGUUCUACACCAUCCCGGGUACGUUGGUGGAAGGGCCGGUGCAGGAAGACGCCACCAACACCCACUUCCUGGUGGUGGGGAUGGCCCUGACGGCGGAGGAGGCCCGGGCGUACUGCAAGCGUCGGGGGGGACUCCUGGCGGAUAUCAAGAGCACCAUGGUCCACGACUACGUCGUGCAGACCAUCCGCAAGUACAGCAACCCGAACGAGAACUUCUGGAUCGGACUUCAGGACACCACGGUAAGAGGAUACAGAGUGACGAAAAAUUAG